AUGAUCCGUUCACCCUUGCCCAAAAGCGAUACUCCAGCCAAUAGCAGCGCGGCGAGUCGCCUGGCCGCUGUGACUCGGAAGCAGAACAAUAUUGAGGAGCUGCUGCGCAACCUCAACCCAGAUGUGCCUAAAAUCAAAGCCCUUUAUACGGAAUAUCUAGUGAAAGUCGAGGCAUUCCUGGGAGCCUGCGAAGCCGAUGUCAGUGAGGAAUGGAUUUCUGCUCGCAGGAGCGUUAUAGAUGCCUUCCGCCUCAAAGUCGAAAACUUUUUUACCACCAACAAACCUGCAUCUGAACAUGGCAGCCACGUCAGUCACAGCGCCAGAUCGGGUUCGUCACGAUCUUCGACGUCCUCCGUUAGGAUAAGAAUAGCUCAGCAGCGAGCCAAGGCUCUAGCAGAGCAAGCCGUCAUGAAGGAAACUUUUGAAAUAGAGAGCAAGAAACUUGAACUGCAACACCGGCAGCGGAAAGCGCAAGCCGAAAGAAUGCGUAUAGAAUCUGACUUACUGGAGCAGGAGCUCAACAAGAUCGAUCUUGAAGAUGGUUUAGCUUCCGAACACUCGAGUCGAAGCGCUCAAUCGGCAAUAGAAGACGCCAGACAGGUAGAUCUGCAUCGCAGCUUCGCUGUGGAGAGAGGAACUGGGCCUGUCAGAGAAGGAGAAAGCAGUUCACUUCUAGCCGUAUUAGCAAAACAAAACGAAAUAUCCUCGACUCUUUCACGAAAUCAAGAACAAGCUGCUCUCCCGAAGAAAACGCUUCAGGCGUUUAGCGGUGAUGUCACCGAAUUUAAGGUAUUUUCUCAGAGCUUCGAUAGAGUCAUAGCAUCCAGAUGUUCGAACGACGCCGACAAAUUGGCAUACUUGGAACAAUUCACUACUGGUAAUCCUCAUAAACUUGUGAAGAGCUGCGUGAACAGCGACGCUGGCACAGCAUACCGGAACGCUAGGGAUUUGUUAUCGUCCGAGUACGGCGAUGAAUUUAGGGUCACCAACGCUUACCUUGAAGCAUUGGCCAGCUGGCCGGCCGUCAAGGCAGAGGACGCGGAAUCUCUUAGCGACCUUUACGUGUAUCUGCUCAAAUGCCAAAACUAUCUGGAAGACCUUACUUAUAGCAAUCCACUUCAGAACCCAAAGGAGAUAAUGGCGAUUGUGAUGAAACUUCCAUACCGACUACGGGAGCGUUGGCGCAGACAGACCCUUCACCUUCACCAGCAGAAAAAACGCGUAGAGUUUCAGCACCUCGUCGCCUUUGUUAGAGAGGAACUGGCAUUAAUUAAACAACCCCUUUUUGGCACCAUAGCGGACUCUGUGAACGAUAAGAAGCUUUCCACGUCUAAGAGCAAGAGAGUCUUGGCCUCUUCGACUGCGGCAGUAAAGUCCACGUACUGUGAGGAGCAGUGUCCAUGCUGCAAAAAGAAGAAUCACCCAAUAACUUCGUGCCUAUUUUUCAAGGAAAAAACCUUUGAAGAGAAAGGCGAUUUUAUUCGAAAGCUCGGCCUUUGCUUCGGAUGUCUGGGGAGCGGCCAUCGUUCGAGGGAGUGUAGUCAAAAACUGAUUUGUUCUAUAUGCCAAGAAAGACACCCGACAGUUAUGCAUCUAAACAAAGGAGCGCACUCAAAUGGAAAAAGCGAGUGCUCGCAGCUGGAUGAUCCAUCAAAUAAAACGGCAAGCGCUCAACCACCAAUUACCCAUGUUACAACGAACGUAGUCAGUGGGCCCGGUGAGAGGCGCGCUGUCAUGUGCCCAGUAGUGCCCGCGAAGGUUAGAGUGGGAGGCACCGACAAAUGGAUCGUAACAAACGUUGCUUUGGAUUCCCAUUCAACGGACUGUUGGAUGUCUGGGAAGCUGCAAAGCAAACUCGACUGCAGACUGGAUGAUGCCCAAGUAGACUUGUCGACCAUGGGAAGCUUGAGAGCUCGCACAAGGACCAGGAUUGCUCGGGAUCUUAUAAUAAGUGAUCUGCAUGAGAACAAAGUCGCCAAAGCUCCGCUGAUUUUCGUCAAGGAUGAAAAGGACUGGCCAUUCACAUGCAGCGAUGUUCCCACGAUCGACGAUGUGGCACCCUAUGACCAUCUCACCUGCGUGCCUUUCGAUUUCGUAGAUACGGAGAUAGGUCUUCUAAUAGGAAUGAACUUCCCCGGGCUAAUGAAGCCGACUUCAGUUGUCAGUGGCGGGUGGGGCGAACCGUUCGCUACCCAACACUGGCUUGGCUGGGCGCUAAACGGUCCAGUUUCGAGUGGCGGGGUUUCAUCGUGCAUGCGGCUAAAGACAGAUUCACUAGAGUCGGAAUUGGACAAAUUUUUCGAGCGGGAUUAUGUGGAACCCGAAGAUGAACAGUUAAUUUCUGUGGAGGACCUUGUUUGGACCAAAAAGGUCGAAGCUAAUACAAAGGUGCUCAAGAAUCAUCAUUUCGAAAUCAGUCUUCCCUUUUUUGACGAAAAACCUAAAUUUCCGAACAACAAGCAACAAAUCCUACUUAGGUUCCAAUCUCUUUUGAGGAGAUUUCAACGUGACGAAGGUUACUUCAAGGAGUACGCCGCCUUCAUCAGAGACAUGAUGCUCCGCGGGUACUGUGAAGUAAUACCAGCCAACGAAACGGAGACAAAUGCACAAGUAUGA